AUGGGCGAGUUUCCAGAAGAAACAAGAGACACCCCAGAAGCAGCAAAGCGCCAGUGUGUUCAAGUAGUAACCCUGUGUCUCUCAGUAUGCCAGAUGGAACGUUCACUGCCCCACUCUGCUGCUGCAGAGAAACCCAACACAAGUCUAAAUCCUGCAGAUGUUUCAACGACGUCUAUGCCUGUAAAGCCAGUGGGUUUGCUAGUAACUCGCAGUGGUCGGACCUGCAGACCACCCAGCCAUUUGAAAGACUUUGUUGUAUCGAAGUGACUUUGUUUGAGUUUUUAACUAAGACACUGUUUGAAAGACAAUGUUUAGAGCGUUCAGUGACAUAAUCCUUUACUGCUUAGCUAGUUGUUUGUUUCUGUUAUGUCAUAUCUAGUUUGUACACUUUCUUUUUAAACAAGGAAGGGUGUGACAAUAUUGCAUUGUCCAAUCAGAUUUGUUUUUACAUGUGCGUGCUUGGGCGCGCUUUUGUCAAAGUUUACUGUCAUGGCCGCUUGUGAUUUCACUAAGCUCUGAUUAAGCAAGUUGAAGUUUAUGAACGUGAACCAAUUCUUUAUAUGGUGGAUCCAAUUCCUGUUGCAAAUGACACCAAAUCUGAGCAAGGCGUGUUUACACUGUGCUAUUGGCAAUACUAUGUGCAUGUAGAUCUAUAAUAUCUCUACAUUCAAUUUGUGGUAGUAGUUGGUAUCUGUCAAUUAUGCUGUCAUUCACAAACAAGGUUUCCAAUCAGUGUGCUUACUCUGCAUAAUUUUUUUAUACUUUGGAUAUACUUCGGGGUGGAAUGGAAGAAAGUACUAUUCUAAUUAUAGUUCACCUUCUGGCUUGCCAAGCCAUUGGCAAUAACAGUUUUAAAAGUAUUCUUGGGCUUCUGGAAAAUUGCAGAUCAUUAGUGCAAUAAUCGAUAGCCAGGGACGGAGGAAAGUUCGUGGGAUGUGGAAAAUUCUUUGAAUUCUCUGCUGUGGAACAGACAUCGUUUGAACAUAUGCUCUCGGUGGGCAGCAUGAUAUCCAACCGCUUAAAAUGCAGAAAACAGAACAGUCAUGAGGGGGGGAAUAGGAAAGCCCUGUAAAGAGCCAUUUGCUGUUAUUCAAAAUAUGGUGAAAUUAUAGGAUUUAUAUAUUUGCCUUUUGUUGUGUCUUAUUCUUAACACACAUUUCUAAAUUUGUACCACCAGAAUAGAUAUGACAAGAAAAAUCAUAUGCCAAAUCUUACCUUCGAUUCAUACCGUUAUCAUAUUUUUUCUUUUCCCACUCUUGCCAUUGUGAAAUGAGAAGCAUGUUAGUGGCAAAGGGUAAUGAAUUCAUUUAAGACUCAAUGUGUUGCCUCGUGCUUUAUGUAUGCUUUGUAUAGUGAUGUCGCAGAGCAAGACACUAACCCCACCCCUACAGGAAUUCUUUUGUUGACUGCACUGCACUGGAAAUCUAUGAGACGGUUUACAGACAAACUAGCAAGUCUGUUGCAGCUGGAUUACUAGUAAUCAUCUCGAAAACAGCAACUCUACAUCCUGAACAAGCCAUUAGCAAUAACAGUUUUAAAAGUAUCCUUGGGCUUCUGGAAAAUUGCAGAUCAUUAGUGCUAAUUAAAGAUGGUGCCUACUUCGGAAAUACUUUCCUAAGAAAGUGACUUAAUCUGACUAGCAAAUCUAGUCUCCAGGGCGUCAUACGAAGAGGGCUUUCAUCGUGAGCACUAUCCAGAAUUCGUGUGGCAAUAUUUUUACCAGCAUUCCGAAGGCAACAAACCAGGGCAUGUCCACUGCAAAUUCGUACCUGUAAUUAUCUGGUCAUACAUUCUAGGAGCAAUAUCACCGCAUUUCAUGUGGGUCUUGCGUUUGCAAACAUCACAUGGUACAGCUCUGUGGUUAAUGGCGAUAGUUCUUGAACACGCCAAACAUUUUGGUUUCCCACUGAUCAUGUUACUCAUUGGACAAAAAAUUAUCAGCCUUUUCCGAGCCACCAUAACUUUGUGGCCUUAAAAAUUAUAUAGCUCUGUAAUUUAUGUACAGAUUUUUUAAAGAAAAUUGGUAAAUUCUCUUUGGUGACUACUAAACAAAAAUAUGUCAAACUAAAGAAAAGUCACUGUAGCUUUUAAGUUAUUAGUGUCAAAAGGUAAAUUAGGGUAAUUUUGACCACCUUUUGGAAUUUCAUGUUAUUCAGUGGCUGUUGAUACAGUGUUGCACUAGAUACUAAGUGUCUUUUCUGUGUUUCAGAGCUCACGUUAUCAUCAGCAGAAACCAUUAUUUUGGUAUGGGUGGAAAGAACAACCAUCAAUAAGGUACACCCUAUCAAGGACCUAAAACCAAUUGCCAAAAAUCUUAAACUGAAACUGCUCAGGACCAAAGACAAAACUGCUCACAUCCGUGCUAUUGCAAGUACCCUUUACCCUUUUACAACAGGGAAAGGUUAAGGUGAAUGCUCCCUUAGGAAAUAUCACCAGAGAUGAUGUGGUUCUCAACAAAAAGCGACUGUUGCAUUGCAAGUCAAUGUCUAUUGCAACUAGUACUGUGUCAGCUGACUUUAUCACCUUAGACAAGGUGGUCACCUUAGACAAAGUGGUCAACCAUGAUCAGAAAUGUUGA